UCUAUCUCCCAGCAUGGACGAUGGCAGCGACCUGUUCCCUGAGGAGGAGCUUUUGCACGAUUUCCCCCUUUUGGAAGACGAAAGACAUGAACUAGAGGAUCCGGGGUUUGACAUCAGGUCUCUUCUGCAGGAAGCGGAGGAUGACGCGGACCCAGAACACAGCAGCUCAGUGAAAGAACAAGAUACUGGUGCUGACAAAAUGAAGCGGAAAACAGCUGAGGACAGAAUGCAGGCGUCUCACCUGCGACAGAACCUGAGCGCCCUGGAUAAGAUGCAUGAGCAGCAAGUCCUCUUCAUUGAGAAGACGAGAGGGGAGCUGCGCGCCUGUCGGCAGAGGCAGGACCUGACCCGCAGGCAGCAGGAGGCCACGGCGGCCGAGAUCGCCGCAGAGGGACAGGCCGGCAACACGGCUGCCGUGGGCCGUCUGCAGGCCGUGUCCAGACGCCUGUUUGCGGAGCUGGAGAACGAGAGCAACCUGCAGUUGAGAACUGAGGCCAUGCUGAAGGAGAGCGAGAACACCAUGUGGCACAUCGAGAUCCAGGAGGGGCAGCUAGAGGCUUUCCGGAUGGCGAACCAUGAGGAGGCAGAGGCUGUGGGGCGGCAGCUCCAGGUCCACGCGGCUGAGCAGCUCUGCAGGGAGCAGGAAGCCCUGGGGAAGGUGGAGCGGAACCACCUGCUGAGGGUCCGGAAGUCCCUGCACACCCAGAAGGAGCACGGGCUCAGGCACCAGAAGCUGCUGGACGAUGCCCGGAAGAACCACAGGGUCGCCGUGCGGUUCCUGAAGGCCUCCCUGGGAAGAAUCCGGGAGCAAGAGAAGAAGGAGGAACUGGAGUGCCAGGAGCACCUGAGGCGACGCAUGGACGCUGUGGUGGCGCUGAAGGGCGGCAUCUCCGCCAGCCGGGACACGCUGCGGAAGUUCCACGCAUGGGGCCGUGCCAAGGCACAGCUGGCAGAGCAGAGGGCCCAGGCUGAGAAGAAGGCAAUUCUGGCUCAGGGCGGGGACGCAUUCAGGCACCUUGUCCACCAGCGCCGUCGCCGGGAGCUGGAGGCCCAGAAGAGGGCCUUUGAGGAGGGGCAGAAGCUCAGAAAGCAGGAGAUCGUCAGUCGGAUUCUGAAAGAGGAGGCUGAGGAGGAAAAGAGGAAGAAACAGCGUCCCCCUACCAGUGCCACGCGCCAGCCAACCCUGAGGGACAAGACCUGGAAAUACAUCUCUGACUUUUGCGAGAAGACCACAGCCCCAGCCAACACGGACACACUGGACUGCGAGGCGGCCGCAGGCCCCAGGGUCUCCCAGUUGGUGGACGUCGUCUCCAGCGAGUUCAUGCAGGCGGACCCCACGGCCAACGCCGAGGAGGAAACAUUAGCUGAGCCCGAGAUCUCUGGGCUUUGGAACGAAGACCACAAGCCAUACCAGGUGCCCAAGGAGGACGUGGACCGAAAGCCUGUGGGGGGGACGAAGAUGGACAAGGACAUCUUGGCGCGCACAGUGGCUCGGCUGCGGAGCAGGGUGGUCCAGAAGCAGGUGGUGUUGGGGCGUGAGUUCCAAGGACGCCCCUUCAACAGCAAGCCGGACCUCCUCCACUUCAAGGACUUUGAUGUUGGCAAAGUGUACAAGAAAAAGAUCACUCUGGUGAACGCCACCUACACAAUCAACUACUGCAAGCUGGUGGGCGUGGAGGAGCACCUCCGGGACUUCAUCCACGUGGACUUCGACCCCCCUGGCCCUCUGUCAGCCGGAAUGUCCUGUGAAGUGCUUGUCACCUUCAAGCCCAUGAUAAACAAAGACCUAGAAGGAAAUGUCUCAUUUUUGGCUCAGACGGGAGAGUUUUCAGUUCCACUGAAAUGUUCAACAAAGAAGUGUUCGCUGUCCCUUGACAAGGAGCUCAUCGACUUCGGCAGCUACGUGGUGGGAGAGACCACGUCUCGGACCAUCACGCUGACCAACGUCGGGGGCUUGGGCACGAGUUUCAAGAUCCUGCCAGCUUCAGAGCCCUGCGAGGUGGACGGCUCCCAGUCCAUCCUGAAAUUAAGCAGCCUUCUGAUCUACGAGGAGAAAAGUGUGUACGACAAAGCCGCCACCAGCAUCUCUGAGCAGCCGCUGGAGGGCAACGAGUUCUCCCAGGUGGACCUGCAGAGCCGGAGGGCGGCGGAGAAGCUGGACCAGUUGCAGGGGGAGGCAGAGCCCGAAGAAGCAGAGAGAUUAACCACGACAAUACCGCCCAGCGAAGAACAGACGGAGAUAACACUGGGGGAGAUAACACAGGGGGACAUUGGCCCCUUCAGCUCCAUCAGGGUGCCCAUCAUCUUCACCCCAAUGGUCCCAGGAGACAUCCAAGCCAGGUUCAAGGUCACGUUUAAGAACCACCAGUGCCCAACGCUGCAUUUUAGGGUCAUGGGCAUGGCCAUCGAUGUGCCAGUCUGGGUGUCAAGGCCCAGCGUGGACCUAAAGAUCUGCAUGUAUGACCGGCUCUACCAGGACUCUGUACUCGUGCACACGCGAUCGAAAGCUGCUCUGCGCCUGAGGUUUGAGGUGUGCACGGAGCUGAGGGCCCACCUGGAGCUCCUCCCUGAGACGGGCUACAUCCAGGCACAGUCCUCCUACUCCGUGCAGCUCAAGUUCCUGCCCCGACACUCCCUCCCAGAGGACGCGGGGAAGUAUUUUGACAAGGAGACCCGAGUCCUGGAGGCCCCGAUGACCAUAUGGGUGGCUGACCAGAGCAAGCCAGUGGAGUUCACCGUGCAUGCCAUAGUCACCACCUCGGACCUGGAGCUCGACCCCGCGGAGGUGGAUUUUGGCUACUGCACCAUCUACGAGGCCAUCAGGACGGAAAUCCGCCUCCACAACCACUCACUCCUGCCCCAGGAGUUUGGCUUCGUCAGGCUUCCCAAGUUUGUGGACAUCCAGCCCAAUGACGGGUUUGGGGCGAUCCUGCCCCUGGAAACGCUGCAGUUCGAUGUGAUCUUCCAGCCCACCAAGGCCAAGGAAUACAGCUUCGAGCUCAUCUGCAAGUCUGAGAUCAACCGGUGCUUCAAGCUGUCUUGCCGGGCUGUGGGCGUCCACCCGCCCCUGGAGCUGUCCCACUACCAGAUCAAGUUUGCGGCCACGGCCCUGUAUGACACCUCGGUGGCCAAGCUGUACGUCAUCAACUCCCACCUGAGCAUGAGCUCACUGACCCACUCCAAGCCCCGCAUUGGCUCAGAGGACGCCUCUCCUGUGGGGCCCACGUCUUUCGAGUUCCUGCUGCCCCCAGACUCGCCUAUCACCAUCUCACCCUCGGUGGGGACCGUGUGGCCAGGAAAGAGGUGCCUGGUCCAGGUGGCCUUCCGGCCCGUGCUGCCCGAGAAGCUGAUCUGCCAGGAAGCUCUCCCACUCCUGAACAAAGAAAUGGAGCCCAAAUUCUUCCGAAAGGACCCGGCUGCCCAGAGGAAGGGCCUGCAGAGACUGUCAUUCUCCCUUCUGCGAGUGCAGAAUCGCGACAAGCUAUUCAGAGUCUCUGUCCCCCACGUCCUGGAGCUGCAGAAGCGGGAGCUGAAGCCCAGUUCCGACGAGUACCAGGCCGCCCGAGCCACCCUGGCCAGAGCGUUCCAGGCAAAGUUUGACACACUUGUGGUUCCUUGUGUUGUUGCCAGUGGCUACAUCAACGACAAGGGGUCGGAGCCCCUGAGCUUCAGCCCCCACAACACCCUCUACCUGGAGCUGUGGUGCCCCAGCGUGGCACCGUCUGUCGUGGUGACGUCCCAUAAAGGCAAAACCAUCUUUAACUUCGGCGAUGUCGCCGUGGGGCACCGCAGCGUCCAGAAGGUCUCCAUCCAGAACGUCUCACCCGAGGACCUGGCUCUGGACUUCUCACUGCUGAACCCCAACGGCCCCUUCGUCCUGCUGAACCCCUCCAGCCGGCUGCGCGCGGGCGAGACCCAGGUCCUGGUGCUGUCCUUCUCUCCCCACGAGAGCAUCCUGGCUCAAGAAACACUGGACAUCAUCACCAAGAGAGGCACGCUCACCCUCACCCUCCUGGGCACUGGGGUGGCGUCCAUGGUCACGUGCUCCAUCGAAGGCGACGUCCUCAACAUGGGCUAUGUGAUUGCCAGAGAGUCUGUGUCCUCCAGCUUCAAGCUACAGAACAACUCCGUGCUCCCCGUCACCUUCUCCAUGCACCUGGACAGCCUCUCCAGGACCCGGGCCGAGGACCAGCAGCAGCUGCCACAGUUCCUCAGCUCUUCCUCCCAGAGGACAGAAGUGGUCGGGACGCAGAACCUCAGUGGCCAGAGCGUGUUCAGUGUGGUCCCAGUCAAGGGCGUCAUGGACCCCGGGAAGACACAGGACUUCACUGUCACCUUCAGCCCGGACCACGAGAGCCUCUACUUCUCCGACCGGCUCCAGGUCUUGCUCUUUGAAAAGAAAAUCUCCCACCAGAUCCUGCUGAAGGGUGCUGCCCGUGAGCACAUGAUGUUCGUGGAGGGCGGAGACCCCCUGGAUGUGCCUGUGGAGUCUCUGACGGCAAUCCCCAUAUUUGAACCCAAGCACAGAGAGGCCAGCUCCCGGCCAGGCCCUCCCUCUCCAGAAGCCGAGGAGCUGAGGCCCAUCCUGGUGACUCUGGACUACAUGCAGUUGGACCCGGACACGCCGGCCCCCCCCGCCACCCGAGAGCUGCAGGUGGGCUGUAUCCGGACCAGCCAGCUGUCUCCGAAGAAGCCUACAGGAGCCCAUGCCCCACAGACCGUGGAGUUCAGCCUGGACAGCGCCGCGUCCCUGCAGCACAAGGGCUUCUCCAUUGAGCCUUCCAGGGGCUCCGUGGAGCGUGGCCAGACCAAGACCAUCAGCAUCUCCUGGGUGCCACCUGCGGACUUUGACCCCGACCACCCACUUAUGGUGUCAGCCCUGCUGCAGCUAAGGGGGGAUGUGAAGGAGACCUACAAGGUCAUCUUUGUAGCCCAGGUGGUGACCUAAGCCUCUGCACGGAGCACCCUCGGGCCCCCCGCGCACCCUCAAAGCCCUCCCCAGCUGAGGGCCAGGCCAUAUGAGCCUAGACCUGGACAUCCCCUGCCAGGCACAUUCCCAUGGGCUGCCCUCCACCUGGCACUGCCACGGCCACUUCCUGCUGCCCUGGACCCAGCAAGCCCAGGGACAUCCAAGAGCACCCCCUCCCGAGACCCCGCACUCAGAGCCAGCUUUAAGGCCAGGCCAGCCCAUAGCCAUCCUGGCCAGAGCCCCUCAGAGCCCCCUGCCCCCAAGGAGACCCCACCCCACAGCCUGUCAAUAAACUUUCUGUA